AUGAUGUCUGCGCUAACAGCUCCAACGCAAUAUGUAUCCGUCCAAGGCAACAGACUUGCGUACCGCCGCUUCGGAAAGCCUUCUACCAUUCCUCUCCUCUUUUUAACUCAUUUCCGCGGUACUAUGGACCUAAUCGAUCCCCUCUUGCUGAACAGCAUUGCAUCUUCACGAACUAUUAUCAUCUUCGACAAUGCCGGCUGCGGCCAUAGCUCGGGCAGCAUUGCACCUACCAUCCAAGAAGCGGGCGCUAUUGCUGUUGAUUUCCUCAACGCUAUCGGAGUGGCUAAGGUGGAUCUCCUAGGAUUCUCCAUGGGCGGGUUCAUUGCGCAGUGCAUCCUUCUUGACUACCCGCAUGUAGUCAACAAAGUGGUGCUGGCAGGCACGCAGUCGACAUACACGGAAGGUUUCACUGCGCCCGAUGCGAAGGUUAUGGAGUUGGCUGGUGGAGCUGAACCUAACGAGGAAGACAUGAUGACUCUCUUCUUCUACCCUACCAAGACCAGCAGAGCGCUGGGACACGCGUGGUGGCAGCGCACCCAGGAACGCAACGUUGAAGGUGAGGGGCGCACGACAUUUGUCGAUCAAGCAGGAGGCCAGGUUAUGAAUGGCGCAAUCACGCAGUUCGUGUCUGACCCAGGGUUCUUCGAGAGGUUGAAGCAGGUGGAUGUGCCGAUACUGGUUACAAACGGCAAGAACGACAUCAUGACGCCAACGGCCAAUAGCUUCCUCAUGCAGCAGAAGCUAAAGAACGUGGAGCUGCACAUCUACCCUGACUCUGGACACGGUCAUCUGUACCAGGUACCUGAGGCAUAUGCGAAGCAGUUGGAGGUGUUUCUUGGAUGA